CGGGCGCUGGCUAGGAACAAGAGAAAGACGAAGAUAGGCGUGUUGUGAUGGCCGUCCAGCGGGUCGAAUGGACCGCAGCAAGGCGGGAAUGAAGCCCGGCCGUCGAGUCCAGCUGUGGGAAAUAUGAAGCUGCACUUGCUCUGCUGUUCACUACUCGUGCUGUGCCGGACAGGCUGCGCGACAGGAGGGAUCUCCAGCCUCUUUUCUGGCCCUGACGUGCGCUUCCUGGUGCUAGACGAUGUCCCCCGCUCCAGGGCACCAAUCAUGCUCGACCAGAGGUCUUACCCUGGAAGAGCUUACGGCUACAAUCACCUCUUCUCGCGCGACGAUGGAGACAGUGACUUCUCCAGCGAGAACGAAUUUCUCGAAGACGACACGCGCGUUAGAAACCACGCCGAGCCGUGGCGGGAGAGCAGGACCGGUGGCUGGGAGCUGGAGAACAUGCUAGCCAGGCGCCGGCCCCGGGUGCUGGCUCGAAACAACACCCUCUGGGGGGGAGGGCGGGGACGAGGCAGGGGAGCACGGAGGCACUCCUUCAGCUCUCUGCUGGACGAGUUCGAUCCGGUCCUGGCUCCCCGAGCCCCCGCCGACCAGAGCGGCCUUAUUCGUCUGGGCGUGCAUCGCAUCUGGUACCCUGGCGGCCAGGUGCCGAUCGAGGUCAAGCUCAAGCCGAGGGAUGACUCGCGGUCGUACGUGGUGGUGAUCGCGAAGACGGUACCGGACUUGAAUAACAUGACAAAGGGAGGCGCAGGGGACGCGCGUCCAGGAGGCCGUCCGGAAGCCGCCGGUGGUCGUGGUGCUGUGGCGGUACCGCGAACCCAAUCCAUGUACACGUACCGCGUGCCAGCCCCGUACCUGCCCAAAGAGCCGCGUCACCUGUUCGUCACGGUCCUCAUGCUGUCGCCCGGACCUGGCGUCGACCUGCGCGUCUACCGGCGUUACAAGCUGAUCGCCGUCAUCGGGGACUGCCGCUUCCUGGAGGAAGAGGAGUACGACAAGUCGCCCAAUUGCAAGAGUGCCAUGGUGGCGGGUCGCACCGAGGUGUUGUGCGUGUGCAAGGAGGACGUGAGCACGACCAAGCAGCGUCCGGCACCGCCCGUGGCGGCGUUCACCACGCCCACGACACCGAGGCUGCAGCUGCGCGAGAAGUUCAAGCCGCGCAAGACGUUAGAGAGAAGGCUCUUCCAGCUGCCAACCCUGACGCCCAUCAGCAACUGUACGCUGGCCCAGAGGACCUACUUCCACAGGCUGCUCCAAAGGGAAUAUCCACUGGACAACAUAACCGCUGCCGAGCUGCUGGCCGUGCAGAUCAUGCAGGCGGAGAACAUCCUCAACAACCAGACGCUGUACUGGACGUGCAACGCCUUCGCGCCGAUCGACGAGGACCGCGUGAUACUCGAGAAGGCGAAGCUCAGGUCUCUCUCGAUCCGGAGGCUGGAGGACAUUCUCUCGAAGCACUACCAGGCGUGCCCCCUGGUGACCGCAGGAACAGUUCUCGCCAUGCAGGGACCCGCCAUCGAGGUCGACUUCCGAGUGCACGAGGCAGCGGUGAACACCCUCCGCACGAGCGUCCGCGUACUGUCAAGCCUGCCGACCAAGACGAGGCGUGUUAUGCAAGAACUGCCCAACGUCAUAAGGUCCGUUCUCAAAGGGGAAUCCCUUAUCCUGGCGCACAGGGGAAGCGUUGAGACCCGUGAGCAAGUGUGCAACCUGUCGAGCGAGGCGAUGGCCGUGAUGGACGACACGGUGAACCUGGUGGUGCAAACGCAGCAGGGCGCCAGCGGCGACCGCGCCGUCUACAUGGCCAGCGGCAUCUCGCUCUGGUACUCGCGCGUCGACGUCGCCCAGAUGCGGCGCAAGAGCACGCUCUACGUCAAGCCGAGGAUAAUGCUCACCUACGACAAGGCCAUCUACGCAUACUCGAAGUCCCUGUCCGUCGUCGUUACGGUGUACCAGAAGAACCCGUUCCACUGCGCCAUGACCAUCGGCCCGAUCACCACGGACCUGGUGAGGCCGUACAUCAGGGACGAGGCGACCGGCAUGCGAAUACGCGGCACCACCGACAGGAGGCGAACCAUGCGGGUGGCGCUGCAGCCCGAAGCGGUGCACGGCGACGAGUCCAUGGCGAAACUCACGGCCAGCACCAUGCUGAUUGUCAAGUUCAAGCUUCCCAAAAGCGACGGCGCCAUCGUAGUCAAGAUUCACCCCGAGUUCAUCAAGUACUUCUUCAUGGCCUUCGUGCACACGGGCUCGGAGCCCAGCACCCGGGACUUGUCGCAGAGCCAGAUGUACGUGCUGCACCCGCUCGCCAGCUUCGUGGUCGUCAUGCCCGAGGACUACAAGGCGCGCGAGGGAGACGAGAUGUACGUCACGUUCGUGCCGCUCGUCGAGCGGUCGGUCAAGGGGCUCAACUUCAAGGACGUCAAGUACCCCUUCUGGCACCGCAGCGACAUGACCAUAUGGUACUCGGUGUCGGCCAUGCACUGGUACUGCGUCAACAAGAGCCCCGACGGCGGCAGCUUCGGCAUAGGCGAGGGCUGCGUGUUCUCGAACGUGAGCCGGCUGGGCGAGAUCAUCUGCGAGUGCCACCAGAACGCGACGGCCAUCGCGGGCACCUCGACCAAGGUGACGUUCUCGACGCACCUCAAGCCGCUGGAGAACGUGUCCACCGAGGCCGGCGGUCCCGGCGAGAAGGAGGAGCCCAACUUCUACUUCCUCCAGUACCUCAUCCCCAUCCUGCUGGCCGCCCUGUGGGUCAACUUUGUCGUGCUCUUCUACUGGACCAUGAAGAUAGCCGAGAUAGACGAGCAGACGGGGGCAACGGCCAUAGCGCCGGAAAACAAGGCAGGCAACAAGGAAGUCUACGUCUUGAUAUUCCAGACCAGUUACGUGCAGUACGCCGAGACGACGGCCAAGAUCCAGGUCGAGCUGCACGGCACCGAAGGCACGUCGGGAAAGUUCACGCUGCGCGACCCCCGCUGCAACCCGUACUUCCUGCUGGCCGGCAGCACCAACGGGCUGCUGCUCACCACGCAACAGACGCUGGGGAACAUCAUCGUGCUCAGCAUCUUCUCCGACAGCGAGGGCACCAGGCCGAGCUGGCACUUAAAGAAGGUCGACGUGUUUCACGAGGGCACGCCGGAAAAGUUCCUCUUCGUGGUGGAUAAGUGGCUUCGGUUCCAAGAUCAGGACCACGCCGACAUCCUGCCUUUCGUGGAGGGCCAUGGCAAGAAGAUGUCCAUCAUGUUCCAGCUUACCUUCCCCAGGGUGUUUCGGCUGUGCCACCUGCUGGUGAGCGUGUUUGCGUGGCCCAGCGGCAGCCGCUACACGCGCCUCCAGCGGCUGGUCACCAUCCUGUUCCUGGGCGUGCUCACCAUGUUCAUGGCCAUGGUGCUGCGCGGCUUCCAUCCGGUGCCCGGCGAAGCUGAACCCGGGUUCGCCAAGGAGGCCGAGCGCGGGUGCGUCAUCGCGGCCAUCGUCUUCAUUGCCGGGCUCAUCCUGCAGAUUCUGUUCACGUUCUCGAAGCAGAUGCCGCCGGAGAAGGUCCGGCUGGCGUCUCGCGACACCAACGCCGAGGCGGCCAAGACAGCGCGGGUGCUCACCACCACCAGGUACACGACGUACACCCGCAACCCGGAGAUCAAGAUCGCCUACGAGAUGCCCGAGUACCGCGACGAGAGCGCCGCCGUGGUCGCCCGGGACGCCAGGGCGCUGUCGCUGGCCGAGGAGCGCGUCGAGGAAGGCAUCCUGCCGACGCCCUUCCUGUACAUCGGGCUGCUGGUGGCCCUGGUGCUGUCCGUCGUGCUGUCGGGCUUUAUGGUGCCCAUCGGCCUCAAGUACACGUACAACGCGAACGUCUCCUGGUUCAAGUCGCUCAUCGUCGCCAUUCUGCUCAACAACAUAGUCAUCGACGUCAUAAAGUCUAUCGGCGUGGCCGGUUACGUGGCCAGCAGAAAGAAGAAGUAGCUACAUCGUCAUUUCGCCCAUCUGCUCAUCGAUACCUUGUCCCUUCAAGUGCUUUACCUUUUGUCUCAUGUGUGUGCUCGCGCCAAUAAAGGUGAAACAUCCCGCCA